CCCGGGGAAAAUGUUAUGUUAUAGCAUUGUUAUGCUAAUGAAGCGCAGAAAUAUUGCGCAGUAGAAUAUGGGUCAGCGCGCAUGCGCAUUUUGACAUCCUUUACGGAAGUUAAAUUUAAUAAAAUAUCAAUCUUGAGACUUCACAACAAUAUCUAUGAACAUCGCCUAAUUGAUUAGUUUACGAGGAAUUGAAACAAUUACACAUUUUUUAUACUUAGUUUUCUUUUAUAUAUGAUGUAUCACUAAGCUUGAAAAGGAGAGUUAGGUUUUAGGAUUUCGAAGUUUAGCCCAGCGCUAGCUAACUUUGUAUUGCCAUAGACGUUUAGGCUAUCAUUGACUUAUUUAGACUACAUAGUCUAAGUUUCUAUGAAUCAGUAUCAUGAGUGGUGAUUACAUAAAUUGGGACGACCCAUUGCUCGACAUUGAUGGGCUAUUGGAGGGAGAGUUCACUGAUGAUGAUUUCAAUUCCAGCCUCAGUAGCAUCGAUGAGGACGAAUUGUUAGAUUUGAAUGAAGAUGAUUACAGCAGUGAGAGUGAUGGUGAUUUGGAACCUACAGAAUAUCGCUCUCCUUCUAAAAAGCGUGCCCCAACAGUGACAAAGAAACCAGCCGGAAAAGAGCACAAAUGCGCUGAUUGUACAAAGGCAUACAAAACCAUCACUGGGUACAAGAAACACAUUCAUUCCCAACAUGGAAGGAAGGAUGUUCAUGUUUCAGAAUGCAGCGAUAUAAGAGUCCCAGCUUCAACCUCUAAUGCUAAAGAUACCAAGCCCAGUCAACCAAAGGAGACUUCUAAAGAUCUCUUCCUUGCAAGCUGGCUUGAAGACAACUGGGACACAUCGUAUGCAAACAGCAUCAGCAAAACUCUAGAAAAUCCAGACCAUAAUGCUGGUUAUAGCAGGUGCGGGGGACAAGUCCUCAAUGUGGCGAGAAAGUUAAAGGGGGACCAGGAGUUCAAAUUGAAGUUAAAGGAUAUCAUUUCAGAUGUUCUCAUUGAGGCAAACACAACAACAUUUGCCCUGAUUAGGGAAAACAUCUGUGCAAAUAUACACACACGAGUGUACUUGAAGUUGAUGGAGGUGAAUGAACUGAACAAGCUGGUGGAAUCCAUUGACACUAGAUUGUACGGACUUGUUUUUGUACGUGCUGCCAUCCUCGAAAUUGCCACAAACUGUGUUCAACAUCUCGUUACUGUAAUGGGUGAAUCAUUGCAGAAAAAAGCUAUUGAUAAACUUGGCUCACUUAGUGACAAUGAGCAGCAAGUCCUCAUGUAUAUAGCUGGCUAUAUGUUGCGGGCUCUCCAGAAUAUAUGCAGGAGAUAUUCAAAGAAUGCUAAAUACAUUCCAGUAAACACGAUUUUAAAGCAGUUGGUGCGUGACAAUGAUGGGGGAAAUCCAACCUACCUGUCGAAGUACAGAAAUUGGCAGGAAGCCAUCAACAGAGGGGGGCUGACAUCUGCCAGUGACAAUUUUUUUCUCUUGGUGCGACAUUUAGAAAUAUGUGUGAGUGAUCAUCUCAGCACUCAUGUUCUUGGGCCAAAGGUUUUGGAGCGCUCAAAGCUAACAGAGAUUGUGCUCCAAAACCACUAUGUAAUUUUGUAUUGGGAGAAACUCAUUGGGGGAAAGUCCAGUUCAGACUCUGGUAUCCUGACAUUGGAACUUUUGAUUAAGACAUUCCUUUCCGUUAGAGGCCACACAUUGGCAAAGUUUGUGAAAAACAAACUGUCUAAGAGUAACAAGGGUGAAAAAGGUUUAAGGAAAAGCUUAAAGAAUUUAACAAAUAUAAGAUAAAUUGUAUCUUUGCUCGGUAUACAGAGUCAAGUUAUAUUGUUUGAAUAAAAGAAAUGAGUGAUGUUUCUAGUACUUGUCUGUAUAUAUGUAUAUAGAAACUGAAAUGUUAAUAAACUUUGUUCAAAGGAAACCAG